GGCUCUUAGAGUUCAGAGUAACUGUCAACACUCCCCACGCUCCCCCAUACACAGCCAGUGCAAUCUAGGCUAGUCACUGAAGUAUACCAAAACUGUGAACAGUGCCUCUCUUAUUCAGGCUGCACGUCAGCCAUCGCCCUCCAUGAAGGGGAUUUGUGUGUUCUCUCUCACCUUACUCUAGCCCCAGAGAAGGAAGUUCAGACUGAUGGCUAUGAAGACCACAUCAGCCAUCUGCUUAUUCUCAAGGCUUCCAUCUGGUCAUCAUUUUCCUUAAUAUUGAAAUACCAUGGCUGGAGCCACUCUCCCAGCACCUGAGGAGAAAACCUCUGUCACUACGUUUGAGUUCUCUGGGGUACCACGUUAUAUUAUUUCCAGGCACCAGCUCUUGCCACCUUGAGUCUCCGUCAUUCUUGUCUCAGUGCCUCCUGUUGUCUCUUCGCAUAGGACCCUGUAGGAAACUUUAGACUUUUCACUUACUUUCCCCAAACAUACUGCAAGGAGGCCCUGGCACACAGCAUAUUUUCACAGGGCCUUCGGUGAGACAGAUGGGCCUGAACUGUGAGUGUGGCACAGCGGCUUGGAAAGCUCCUGUCUGCCAUUAUAAAAGCUAUUGCCCAAUACUAACAACUGCCUUGGAUUGCUUUCUUGGAUGUCUGUCUUCAGUUUUCCCCAGAUGCAAGCAUGUGUGGCAGCUGAUUUAUGUGGAAGGUGGUCCUGAAAAGCACUGAGAGAAGAUGGUAGUCAGACAGCUCCCAGGGGCCCCGCCGUGACCACAGCUCUCUAAGGACAGAUGGAACAUGACGCUGAGCUAGCCUCCUCCAAUGAGGGCCUGUGCACCCACUAGACAGCAAAGCAUACUGCACAGAAGGGGAGCCCUGUCAUGGCACUGUCUGUGGUGUGCUACAGGGGAGGCCGAGGACAUGGAGCCGCGCUCGGAGGCUUGCAUAGAGCACCUGUUCUGUAUGGUCACAUCAGUCGACAGGUUGUAAUUUUGCCACUCUCCCGAUGCAGCUGUCGUCAGUCCUGUCAGGGCUCUGGGUUAUUCAUGCAUUCUAUUGUCCAUGACACAAUGCCCUGCCCAGUUUUCAGUCAGCUCUCCCUACAAACUGGCAUAUACCGAUACCACUGUUACAGUCUCACAAAUCAAAUAUGUGCUGAACCCACCUGAAAAACUACUUAAUUAAAAUUUAUUAAUAAUUCAACAAUCCACCGUACACAUUUGAUUCCCACCAUACAACACGGACCUUUAAUUGAUUUCUUUGAUGUAAUAACUGAAAAGCAUUGUCUCUAAAACUCAUGUGAUUCUUUGUAAAAAUGUAUAGAGUGCUCCCAAGGAUUUACUUAAAAAUAGAAAAUCAGCCAGUGGAUGUUUCUCCUGGGAGGCUGGCCACAGUCAAGCCUGGGAGAGAGGAAGGGCCAGAGUAGUGAGGAUAGAGGGGGUUGUUUGUAUGACAGGGUCACAUGGCAUAUCCUGCCUUAUUUUAGGUAUCUUUAGCUUGUGAGAUUAUUCUUGUGUGUAGUUUUGUUCCUCUUGCUGUUUUUUAUUCUGUUAUUUCCUCAUGUGGAAUACUACUAUUUAUCUUUUUCUUUUAUUUUUUAAUAGUUAUUUAUUUAAAUGCUCUGUGUACACCUACAUGCCAGAAGAGGGCAUUGGAUCCCAAUAUACAUGGUUGUGAGCCACCAUGUGGUUGCAGGAAUUGAACUCAGGACCUCAGGAAGAGCAGAUGGUGCUCGUAACUAUCUCUCCAACCCCAUUUUCAUUCAGGAAGGAAUUUAAAGUUGUUUUAGGUGUUUGGUCAUUCCACGACUACAAAUACUGCCUCAUGUCUUGGUGAAUAUGUUGACUGUAACAUGUGUGCAUUUAAUUUUCAUAGAUUUUGGUUUUUAAUUUUUAUUUCGUUUUUAAUUUUAUGUGCAUUAGUGUGAAGAUGUCAGAUCCCUCGGAAUUGGUGUUACAGACCAUUGUGAGCUGCCAUGUGGGUGCUGGGAAUUGAACCCGGGUCCUUUAAAAGAGCAGGCGGUGCUCUUAACCACUGAGCCACCUCUCCAGCCUCCAUAGAUAGAUUUUCAAACAUGGGUUUACAUGUUGGCUGUGCCAUGUAAAAGCUGUAUUUAAAAAGUUGUUUGUUGCUCGAUUCUCUGGGAAAAUGGCAAGAAUGAAAACAGUUUCUAGGAGAACAAGCAAGUUAAUCUUGAGCACAUCAAUUAUAUAUAGACAAAACCAAUGGCUGGUAUAAAAACAAAAGUAUAAAUAAGAACGGGUAGAAACAGUCCUCAAUAUUUAUGAGUAAUUUCUUGACAAUAUUGCUUUGCUCAAAAUGCCUCAGAACAUUUUUUUUAUUUUUUAUUGUCCUAGCAUUCAGAACAUUUAAUUUUUAGAUUUUACUUUAUUAUUUUAUGUGCAUGAGUGUUUUGUUUGAAUAUAUAUCUAUGCACCCAUGUACAUGCCCAAUGCCUGAGGGAUCAAAAUGGUACCAAACCUUUAGGACCUGGAGUUACAGACAGUUGUAACCACAUGGUGCCCCCACAUGGGUGCUGAUAAUUGAACCCAGGUCCUCUAGAAGAGCAGCCAAUGACUUAACUGCUGAACCAAGGCACCAACCCCCUAAAUUUUAUCAUAGUUAUGUGUUUUACAAAAGAGAAUGAGUUGGUGUUAUUAUAUUAUGUGUCAUAUCAAGAUUUUUGGAAUAUAGAGUGUUGAUAGAUAAAGCCUGGGCCUUUAGGUAUGCAUGUGUGAAUGUAGGUGGCAUAGGAAAAUAUUUUUAUUACUCUGUAAUAUUGUAGGAUUAAAAUCCAUAGCCUGAAUCACUGCUUGUGAGGUCAGAUUCAAUGUAGGGACUGUUUUAGGUUGUUUAAAUUAUAAGAACUAAUCAGUUUAGCAUGUUCUGAGCUAGAGCUGGCAGAAUGGCUGUAAUUUUCAUUCUUCAACAAAAAAGGUGAAGACCACAGGACAAGAAAAUCUUCUAUACCCGGUUAUCUGGCUUCUGACUUCACUCAUUACUACAUAAAGCUUUUCUGCAGUGCCACAGUAGGUUGGGAUUUGGUUCAAAUUCAUUAGACACUAAUCGACCACGUGAACAAAGUUCCCCAAAAGACAUUAACAUUCUAUGAAGGCUGAUGAGAAUUGCAGAGAUUAUGGAGAGAGAGGUUGGGUUACUGCAGGCCCUGAGUCUGGCUCUAAGAGAUUGGGGGAGGUAUCUUUAGCUCCCUUAAUAGCUGUUCCUUCCUCACUUUUGUAUUUCACCUAGCAUUCUUGUGAUAAUUGUGCAAAACUGUUUGGGUACGUUAAUUCAGCAGAUCACUGAAUUUCAUCAACCUAGGAGAUAAGACUAUCCUCAGACAGCAUCGAAGGCCCGUGGCAGAGGCUCCCCGCUUUGCUUUAACCCACUGAUGUUUCUAGCAAUAUGUCUGAAAAGUGUUGAUUUGUGAUUUUCUUAGUGCCAUUACUAUAAAACUUUCAUGAAACUAUGGCCACAUGGAAACAUGAAAUUUGGGAAACCUUGAUUUUGUGUUCCUUGGCCAUGGUCUACCUAGCUCCAGAAUAAGUCUUACUGCCUUUGACGAAAGAUCUGGGUUUUUCUUCAUUCACAGUGUUUAUAGAUUACUCUUAUACAUCCUCUUGUAUAGUCCAUAUCAGUUCUAUAUUACUUAUAAUAAAUGCAAGAUGUAAAUAGUAUGAAAUUCUUUUUGGGUGGUGUUAUUUAGAGAAUAAUAUUUAAGAUAGUUUGUACAUGUUCAAUGCAGCUACAACCACUGUGUUCCUGCCUAGACAAUCCGCCGGUCUAUCACUGGCAUCUGUAGAGUCCACAAAUGAGACAACUGCAUUGUGGGUACAUCAGUAGAAAUAUCUUCCUAGAUGUCUCUCAUAGGCGGCAAGAGAAGAACAAACACUAGUACAGUUUAUCACAUUUGAAGAUGAGCUGAGUGUUAGGGCUGCAGUUCAUCAUCUACAAGAAUAAUGAUCCAUCUGUGUCUACUUGAACUUGUCCCCACUUGACCAGCCAAACACUAACAAUGUCACUGGAACUUCAGAACUUUAAGGCAAAUGUUCUGCUCAGAUCUUGAGUAGAACAUUUGCCUGAAAGGAAAGAAUGUUACAGUGAUUCUGUUCCAGGGAGGGACAAGGAAUGUCAGUGACCAAAGACACUUCAUUCUGGGGGGGAGGGGAACCAAGGCAACGCAAGAGUCUUCCUAUGUCUUAUUCAGAUACCUGCAGGUCAGUCAUUAUUAAACACUCUGACUACCUUGGGGGAAAGGCUAGAAUUUUACCACUUCGAGGAGUACAGCUUUGGGGAACUAGUAAUGCCUAACAAGUAAAUAAGUUGCAUAGUGUAUUAGAAAUGUAUGGCACCAUUUUUCUGAUUGUGAUGUACAAAUGUGUUGGUUUGUUACUCCCUGUAUGUGUGAGUAAAAAUGGCAAAUGAUAUUAGUUACCCAGUGAGGUGAACGGGCUGUGAAGUGGGACACAGGAAGCCCACACUCCGCACAGGAAGGCCUGGAGGUGGCACCACCGCCAGGUUUCUCUCUUUGGAGACUCCAUCACUGGCCAAAAACCUUUGAGAGGGAGAUAAGUAAUAAGAGGACACCUGUCACCCUCUAUGCUAUCUCUCAAGAGAAAGUUUAGUCAUUCCUGUGUCUUCUGUUCCUCACUUUUCCAGAAUUAGCAUUGUGCCCCUGCUUCUAAAAACAAAAGACCUUUAACCUAACCAUAAAGCCAGACCAUAAAACUUCCACAAGAAGAUACAAGAGUGAAUCUUUAAUUCCUGCGUAGGCAGAAGUUUCUUAUGUAUGACAUGAAAAACACAGGCAACAACAAAAAGGGAAAAGUUGGACUACAUUAAAAUAAAAAAAACUACUUCUGUGCUUAGGAUGAUACUUAGAAAGCUGGGCAUGGUGGCAGACACCUGUAAUUUGAGCACUUGGGAAGUAGAGGCUAGAAGACCAGACAUUUAAGGACACUUUGGGCUACUGGGACCUCAGAGGGAUAGCUUUUCUCCAUAAAUAAAGGAAAGGUGAAUAAAUAAUUCUCACUGGUUAACAAUAAGAGAUGGUGAAUUGAGUUAAAAAUAAAGUUAUUUGAAUGCACAUCUCUCCAAAGGCCUGAUUUACACGAACUGUAAACAAGUGUGUGAACGUAUCCUCAGUGUCACUUUUCAUUAGGGAAAUUUGAAUCAAACUCACAGUGAGACACCAUGAUCACAGAAACAGGGAUAUUGUAUCUCCAACAACAACAACAAGAAAAACAGCAAGCACAAGCUUUGAGGGAAAAUGUCAAGCAAUUAGAAUCUUCAUUGGUGUGAAUAUAAAGUAAUGUAGUAACUUUGGAAAGCAGUUUGCUGACACUAAGAGUGUUGACACAGUCGCUGUCUGUCUCAGAAGUCCCUUGCCUAGCUAUAUAUGCCCUAGAAAAAAAUGAAAAGGAAAUGUCUCCACAGAAAAAUGUACACAAAUGUUCAUGGCAACAUUGUUUAUAAUAUAGGUGAUCUCUAACAUGGUAGAUUGAUGUAUAAUUUUCAGAUCAUAUUAUUUCCAGAUAUGCAUGCUAUAGAAACAAUACUUUGAGUUUUGAAGUUUGGUCUUUUCUUGGGUUAGCAAUAUACAGUACAAUGACCUCUUAGAAUGCUGAGCAGUGAUGGGAACUUUCAGCUCCCACUGUGGGAGUGGGAAGGUAAAUGAUAGUCUGUAAUGAACUGUGCUACCAGUGGGGUCUUGGGAUGUUGUAUGGUUUUGAUCCCGUAUCAACUACAAAAUGCUCCCUCUUUGUGAUAUUUUUAAGAUUUCAUUACAAGGUAGGGUUUGUAGUAGAUACAUUUGUCUGAGUGUAGCCAUAUAUAAGUGUUCCGAGUAUGUUCGGGAUAGAGUAGGCUAAGGAAGCCAUGCUGUUUGGUGGGGUAUGAGGGUUAAUAUUGAUGGAUAAACUUGACAGGAUCUGGAACCCCUAGGAAAUAAGCCUUUAAGCACACCCAUGUGGGAUUCUCUAGAUUAGACUAGACACUGGCCCUACCUUUAAGGGAUUCUCUAGAUCAGAGGAGCCUCUAGUCAAAUCUGUGAUGAAUUAUCUAGAUUAGGUUAGUCUCUGGCAUCCAUUCCUGAAAAAGAUUAUCUAGAUUAGGUUAAUUCAGGUCAGAAGACUCAAGAAGGGUGGCACCAUUCUUUGGGCUGGGGCCCCUCACUAAUAACAGGAGAGAGCCAGCAGAGCACAAGAAGCCACUGCUCUCUCCUUCCUAACUGUGUACACAACUCGGCUACUUUUCUGAAGCUCUCACUGCUAGCAUUUCCCUACAGGACAGACUGCACUCUCAAUCUUCAAGGUAAAAUCAAUCCUCACUCCUUUACUUUGCUGCUGUAGAGUGUGUUAUCACAGAAAUGGGGAAAAUAAACUGAUACAGUAGGUUAGAUAUAUUAAAUACACUUUUCAUGCAUGAUAUAGUUUCAGUUGGACAAUGGGCCAUCAAAGAACAUUUUUAGUUUAAUAUAUCAACAACACACAUGUCCAUCAGUUAAAGUUGAACAAAAUAAGGACUGGUGACUUAUGCAGUGGUAUUACUCAGCCAUGAAAAGUAAUUAACAAGGGUGCACAUUUCAGUAUAGAUUAAUUAAAAAAUUAUACACUAAGUAAAAUAAAAAGUCAGUCACAAUAGGACAUGCAUUGCCUCACACUGAGUACAUGAAAUAUCUAAAACAGGGAAAUAUGCAGACACAGAAUGCAGCUGGUGGUUGCUAGUUUUGGGGAAGAGAGAAAGGAAAUGCUUAUUAAUGAGGAUGUGGUUUUGGAGGAUGUGAUAAAAUGACUUGAAAUUCAGUGAAAUAUGAAUCCUCACAGAGAUGUACACUUUAAGUGGACAUGCUAUCCUCAAUAUUCACACACGGAAAGGAAUAUGACUGAAUAAGACUUAACAAUUGAACACAGUGGUCUUUGAACAAUUUAUACAUGUCAGACAAGUGGGAGUGCAUGAAUUCCUUCAAGGAGACAGUGGAAGGUGAGGGAUAAGACUGAAUGAAUGGGAGCCUGUAUAUCAGCUCUGCAUAUAAACUGGCUCUUACAACGACCACCUGACACCAGAACAAGAGCCUCUGGUACCAAAUCUAUUGGGUGUUUCUUUGCACUGGAGCAUACAAAAUUAAAGCAUCCUAGUGUUGUGACCAUUCAUUAUUAUAUGUUAAAUCACUAGAAUGAUGUUUUGAUUUCUAAGAGUUUAGGUUUUGGCAUAGUCAUUCUAAUCUCAAUUAUGUUACCAUCUUCCAAAAACAUUUUGUAACAUAAAAAUAUAUUUCCAUGUUCUAAGUAUUAUGCCAAGUCAUUUUAAAAGGUUAUUAGGGGCUGGAGAGACGGCUCAGAGGUUAAGAGCACUGCUUGCUCUUCCAGAGGACUUGAGUUCAAUUCCCAGAAACCACAUGGUGGCUCACAACCAUCCAUAACGAGAUAUGGUGCCCUCUUCUGGUAUGCAGGCAGAACAGGACACUAACUAACUAACUAAAACUACUCUUUAAAAAUAUGUUAGUGUUAUAUUCUCUUGAAAAUUCUGACAGACAAAAUUCUAGGUUUAAUCUAUAUAGAUAUACAGAUAGAUAGAUAGAUAGAUAGAUAGAUAGAUAGAUAGAUAGAUAGAUAGAUCUAGAGAGAUAGAGAUAGAGAUAGAGAGAUAAAGAUAAGAUAGAGAGAUAGAGAUAGAAUAGUCAAUUUUAGAAAUACAUUUCCUCCUUGUUGCUAUGUUAUUUUAUUUGUAUCCCACAGAUUCUGGUAUAUUGUGUUCUUAUUUUCAUUUGAGUCUAAGAAUUUUUAAUUUUCACCCUAAUUUCUCUAAUGACCUAUUGACAACUUAAUACUAUAUUGGCCUGUUUCCGUGAGUUCAUUUACUUUCUUUCUCACGAUGUUCAGAUUUUUUUUUUUUUUUUUGCAGUGUGACAAGAUAGUAUAUAAUAAUUCGUUUUCGUUUUCUUGCAUGUGUUAAGCCUAGUUUACUGACCUAAAGCAUGUUCUAUGUUAGAGAAUAUUUCAUAGGCUGCUGAGAAUAAUGUAUGUCCUGUGGCUGGUAGUAGAAUAUUUUGGAGAUGCCUAUUAAAUCCCUGUUGUCUAUAAUGUUAUUUAACUCUGAUGUUCUUCAGGGUUUGUUGUAUAGAUAUCUAUUAGUGAAAAUAGUAUUAAAUCAUCGAUAACAUUAUGUGAGGCUGAUCUGUGCUUAUAUAUCAGACAGUUUUUGUUUUAUUAAACUGGGUGUGUUGAUGCUCACUGAACAUUUGUUUUAAAUAAACCUCUGUUACCUCUCUUUUUCUCUCUUUCUCUUUCUCUCUCUCUGAUACUACCUUGUAAACACAUGCCAUCAUGAUCUUAGGAAAGCACAGAAAUCAUAACACUCAAAAACAACACAAAGGUGGCUCUCCAUUCACUGAGGACAAACUUUUAAUCUUGGUACUGAAAAUUCAAUUCAAUCCACUUCUAACUUCCCUUAACAUUAACUGUGCUAUUUGGAAAAAGACAGUCAGCAAUGGGCUAUAUCCUACUUUUGCAACAGUGAGGAUUUACAAUUUAUGUUGGUCUUUUAACCAAUAUCUUCUAUUAAGAUUCUCCUGAACUAAUCGAAGUGAUUACUACAGUUUCCUAGAGAUGACUUUUAUUUCUGUUAUUGCAAUUUUUAACUUUGAUUUUCACUUUUAAUAUAACUAUAUUAAAUUUAAUUUAAUAAAUGUAGACAUUAAAUUAAUAUAAAUUAAAGUGGCUUUAACAUAAAGCCACUUCAGAUUUGACGGCAACACUUACCAUAUAAGAAACUACUUCUUGAAGGCUCACUCAUAUCCCUCCAUGGGGAAUCAACUGGUUUUCAGAGUAAGUUUCUGCAGUACAUUAUGCCAAUAGAAGUUACCACAUGCUGUAAAUAUUUGCAUUUAGCAUAAUUUCGUAUACACUCAGUUAUAAUCUCCUUGAAGAUAGUUCCUAUGUUACUUCUAGUGCUUGAUGACAAGCAUAAGACCAAUGCUUAUUGAAUCUUCCUGGUAGAAACAUAUUGGGAAGAUAUCAGGUCAUGUGCCCUCCAGGAGCUUCACACACACUCACCACGAGCUCCACCUUUCACAGAAAAGGGACAAUGACAGCCUGGUCCUUCCUUGAGCUGUGGAAAACUUCUCAUUCAACUCUGCUCCAAAUGACUUUGGUCACUGUUCUGAUGGUUCCUGUUCUUGGUGAUUGUGGACCUCCACCUGGUUUACCGUUUGCUGCUCCAGUCAGCCAGAUGUAUGAGACUAUCUUCCCAACUGGAAGUGUUCUGAAAUAUGCCUGCCGUCAUGGCUUCAGGAAAAUCAACUCAAGCCUUCUUACUUGUGAUGAGAAUGGUUCAUGGGCCUAUAAUAUCUUUUGUGUCAAGAAACAAUGCAGAAAUCCAGGCGAAUUGAUCAAUGGGAAGGUAGAAAUUACGACUGAUCUUUUCUUAGGUUCAACCAUAGAGUUCAGCUGCUCAAAGGGCUAUGUUCUGAUUGGCUCAGCGACUAGUCGGUGUGAGAUCCAAGGUAAAGGCGUUGACUGGAGUGAUUCUCUCCCAGAAUGUGUAAUUGUCACGUGUGAGUCCCCUCCAGACAUCAGCAAUGGGAAGCACAGUGGUACAGAAGAAGACCUUUUCUCAUAUGGCUCAAUAGUCACCUAUAGCUGUAAUCCCAGCUUCAUACUCGCCGGCAAUGCCUCCAUUGUCUGUACUGUGGUAAACAAAACAGUGGGUGUUUGGAGCUCAAGACCCCCUACUUGUGAAAAUGAGCACCAACUGACAGAAAAUGGGACAUCAGCGUCCAACUUGGUGAGACCAAUGAGCUUUCCAGGCCCACUACCGAAAGAUGGUUGUACUAACCUACCAGAUAUUCCCAAUGCUUCCUGGGACAAAAACAGUUUUCCCUUAAGAAAAUCUGAAGUAUAUGAAAUUGGGACCAAUCUGAAAUACCACUGCAAUUAUGGCUACCAGCCAGCUUCAAAUGAGUCCCAUUUUGUGACUUGUCAGGAAAACCAGACAUGGUCGCCUUCCAGAGGAUGUGAAAGGAUAUGCUGCCCAACACCAAAUAUGGAGAAAAUCAAAAUUGUAAGUGAAAGGAGAGAUUUCACUGGUAUAUGCACCUAUGCCUAUGGAGACUAUAUUUUCUAUAUUUGUGGUGAAGGUUCUUACCCUAUGUCUAUGGAUGGAAGGAGUUCAUGUCAAGCAGAUGGAAAGUGGGGCCCUGCAAUACCAUCAUGUCAAGAGGACCUGAAAAACCUUCUUGCUGUUACCUCACCACAGUUACCAGAAAUAAACAUUACAAGCAGUCCCUUUAUUUCUGCUAAUGAUGUGUGUCCCAAACCGUUCAUCAUAAAUGGAAACCUGUCUGUGGAGAAAGAUUACUAUGCUAAACUGGAAAAUGUCACUGUUCAAUGUGAUAUUGGAUUUGACUUAGUUGGUUCCCCAAACAUCAUUUGUUCGGAGAACAAGACAUGGCACCCUGAUAUACCCCACUGUAAGCUGGAGGUCCUUGAAGACUGCAGGGUAGUGAAUGAGGGCAGAAAACUCCUGCAGUGCCUCUCCAGCCCAGACGACGUGAAAAGGGCCCUGCAGGUGUACAAGCUGUCUCUGGAGAUCGAACUGUUAGAACAGCAGAAAAAGAAGUGGACAAAGGUCUCCAAAAAAUCAUUUAAACGUGUUAAAGUAAAGGGGCCACUUAGGCCUUUUGGUUAAUGUACAGAAUCUCCAUGCACUGGCUACACUGACCCUUAAGCACUGCCACUCCUGUUAAGAAGUUUGUGGGCCAGAAGAACGUAGAAUGCAACUCAGACUGUCCCAACCUCAUUCCUGUUGAAUUGUCACUGAAUGCCGUUACACUGCGUCUCACCAGAGCCUGCCAGGUCUGUGCCUGCAGAACAGGAUCUGAAUUUAAGGAACAUUCUCCUUUGGAGGUGAUGGGGAAGGGAAAAGGGACUUCAGUGCUGCAUUGGUGCCACCUUCUGGUCACAUUCCACACCACACCACUACAAAGACUUCUAGUCUCCCCUUUAAAACAAAUAAGGUUAUCUGUUCCUCUGUCUUAUAAAAGUUAAAUCAGAUAUAUAUAUAUAUAUAUCCUGUCAUUUGUUUGUUUAUUUUUGUCAACUUGACACAUCUAGAUUUAUCUGAGAAGAGAAGGUCACAAUUGAGAAAAUGCUUCCGUAAUCUGGUCUGUAGGCAACUUGUGGGCGUUUUCUUGAUUUAUGAUUGAGAUGGGAAGGUCCAGCACCUUGUGGUGGUACCAUCCCUGGACCAGCAGUUCUGAGGUAUGUAAGAAAGAAAAAUGAGAAUGCCAGGGAGCAAGCAAAUGAGCAACAUUCCUCCUCUGCAGUGAUUCCUGUUUCCAGGUUCCUGCCCUGACUUCCCUCAUUCAUAGACUUUAAGCCAUAAAGUGAAAUAAAGCCUUACCUUUCCCAA